GGUUUAAAGAGCAGAACCCACCCAGGCUGUCCUCAGAAGUCCUCUCCACACCAUUCACCUGGCUCUGGUCAUCUCCAGGGACACUGAAACACAGAGAUAUUACCAAGUCACACACCUGGUAAGUGGAUGUGAGAGGGCUGAACCCAGCCAGUAGGUGCUGGGUCUGUGAUCUCAUUAGUAGGCCACAGUUAAGUACAGUAGACAGUAACUGCGACUUCAGAACUGAACCCUUGACACUAGCCUGUAGCCACCAUUACACAAAAAGAAGGGAUGGGGCUUUUUCUUUCUAAAACUCAACUGCACAAGGAGUAUCACAUACAACGUAAAUGGGGCCCUGGGUCGGACCUACUCACAGGAGAAAGGGGCUGUGUCUCUCAUACCAGCAGCCCUUUCUAGCAGGUACCUAUGCUCUCAGUAGAUCUGGGGCUGCUUGGAGCAGAAUUCCUGGCUCUAGAAGAGGAGGCUGGAACAGCACCCUCCAGCCCUGUUCUUGAAUUCUGAGAUAAUCUAGAACUCAACCGGACUACUCCAGGCCCAGAUCUUUUCAAGUGGGAGAGUCUGGGCCUGACACCCGGUUAGGAAAGCCUAGCUCCUACGGAGAACAGAAUCUUACUUUGAGCGUUUGAUUUUAUCUUUGUGAAUUCCUACUUCCUGUGGAAGAAAUGAUAGUUUCUUUAUAAAGCUCUUCCCAAAGCCCAGUGUGGUCACUACAGGGUGUUCUGUCCUGAACACGUAACUGGAAUUAAGCAAUCUACAUACCCGUGUAAUCACUAGUGCCAUCUGUAGAUGUGAAAGCAGAAAGCAAUCAUCUUCUUACGGUCAUCGCUUGCCUAUGUAGGAUUCAUAUGCCUAAUUUUCACACCAGUUCUGCCUCUUACUAAUGGGGUGAGCUGUGGCAGGUCACAGAGCACAGACCCAAGCAAGCCACCACCUCUAUUCUGCUUCUCAACCAGCAGCCUGCAGCCUCGACCUGGGUUCUGAUAUGGAGGGGAUAACCUGUGCUUUUCUCCUGGUGCUAGCAGGUCUGCCCACCUUGGAAGCCAAUGAUGCAGUUGAUAAAGACAGUCCCUUCUACUAUGACUGGGAGAGCCUGCAACUGGGAGGAAUGAUCUUUGCGGGGCUCCUGUGCAUCGCUGGAAUCGCCAUGGCCCUGAGUGGCAAGUGCAAAUGUAGGCGCAAUCAUAUGGCCAGUUCCUUGCCUGGGAAAGGCACUCCACUCAUCACUCCAGGCUCUGCCAGUACCUGCUGAUCUGAACACAGAACCAAGUUGGAAGGCAGCUUUUUGACAGUGUCCUGUUGUUAUCUCCCCUCUGGAGACCUUCCUCUCCAGGAUGGCUUCCCUAGAGCACACUGUUAAGUCCUCAGAGACAGGGAAGGAAAGGUGUUCCAAAGCUGACUUAAUAUUAAACUGGUCUUGCUGUUCUGUUCUGUGGUCCUGUGACCCCUCUGUGAUGUGUGGGGAGAGUAAAGAUGUGGGGAUGCCUGACGA